AGUCCACUGCCGGACCCUCGCCAUUUUUUCGCCCACCACCAGCCGCAUUCUUUUCCUUCGGUCAACGAAACAAAAAAAGUUACUGCCGUGCUCGUGAGUCCCCAAGCCAUGAGCUUAGCAUGCAUCGCUUGCCACAGUGUAGACAGUCCAACGCAUUCCUUCAGAAGCUACUCCGUUUCAAGCUCAGAGGGCGAAGGGAGAUGCGGUGCCCUAGUUAACUGCAUAACGAGGAAAGUCGCUGCAAACAACACAACACGGUCUAAAGUUGUUCCAGUCUCAAACAUUGCUGGCUCUCAAGGGAUCCCUGGAACUCCUCGUCUUGUGAGGAGCCGUGCAGUUACUAGAGACUUUGUACGAGACUGGAAUUUCGACGAAAUUGAGAAUUAGUUUGUGAGUGAUGGCUUCUUGGUGGAUUCUAGCAAUGUGCAUAUUGUCUUUUUGUCUUUGACAAUUUUUCCACUGGUUUUUGUUGUUUGCGUGUGAUAAUUUUAUCUGGACCUGCAAGAAAUUACCACAAUAACGUUCUUAUAACUAUGUACAUUAAGAUAGUGCUAAAGCCGAGGUGUUUAUGGUUCUUUUGUACUGGUUUCAGAGGCUAAUGUGCUCUUAUAUCUGAUGA